AUGGACCAGAACAGGAAACCGGCAGGAUCAUCAUCCCAAGGAGAGGCACCUCCGUUCCCCGCCUACGAAUCCUCCAGCUACUACCCGCCAACCAGCGUCUCGGAAUAUACAAAUAUCAAUACCUUUUCACAGCCCUCAGGGACCAGUGUUGGCGGCCCCGAGCCCUCGCCCCCACCGUCCCUGCUAGGCCAGGCCACCGGGGCCCAGGCCGCCCUGUCCUUCACCAGCACGUGGAUCACGCCCGCAUCUACCGAGGAGCUGGCCGCCGCCGGCGACGACGACGACAACAGCUUCCUCGACACAGACUUUGUCUACGAGAAUGGCCGCCGUUACCACGCCCCGGCCACGGGCAGGGUUGUCUACCCCUUACCCAACGACGAGUCCGAGCAAGAACGCGACGACAUGAAGCACAAGCUGGCCCUGUGGAUGAUGCACGAAAAGCUGCUCUACGCACCCGUCGACGACGUGCUGAAGCGGGGCGGGAUGGUCUUCGACUUGGGCACCGGAACAGGGGAGUGGGCCAUGGAGAUGGCCCAGAGGUACGGCAAAUCACAGAUCUUUGGCUGCGACAUAUCUCCAAUACAACCGGCCUAUGUCUGGGACAAUGUCUUCUUCUCGGCAGACGACUUUGAGGAGGACUGGACGGACUACCCCGAAAAUGCCUUUGAUUUUAUACACAUGCGCUACACGGCGUUCUCAAUCAGAGAUCCGGGGGCGUUAUUACAACGGGUGAUGAAACACCUCAAGCCAGGCGGCUACGUAGAAUUCCAAGAAAUGACCUACUGGCCCCGGUCAGACGACAACACCCUGACCGACACGACCCCCUAUGCAUUCCGCGACUUCUGCUACUACGUGCAGAUGGGCAUCGCCGCCCUGGGGCUGGACCUGCACAUGAUCAACCGCCUCCCACAGGGCCUCCGCGACGCCGGGUUCGACGACGUCACCGAGGCCCGCCACAAGCUCCCCAUCGGCCGCUGGGCCCGCGACCGCCGCCAGCGCCAGAAGGGGAUAUGGUUCCUCCGCAUGAUCCUCAUGGAGGGCCUGUCCGCCGUCGCGAAGCGGCCCCUCAUGCACGGGCUGGGGUGGAAGGCCGAGCAGGUCGAGAUGUUCCUUGUUGAUGUGCGCAAGAGCCUAAACGACACGGGCAUACAUGCGUAUUUCCCAUUUACCGUCGUCUAUGGGCGCAAGCCGCUCGAGGCUGGGGCCGAUGGCGGGGCCGGGACGGCAUCACAAUAA